AUGGCAAAAGUACUCGAGGAAGCCCUUCACGCCGAACUACUCACGGUUCGAAAAAGACCCUCCCCAAAGAAUGCCGACAAAGGAAGAAUUUGUCAUCUUCAUCAAAACCAUGGCCACUCCACCGAAGAAUGCACCCUAGUGAAGGAUGAAAUAGAAAGGCUCGUUCGGGCGGGCUAUCUCCAAAAGUAUGUUAGAGAGGAGGGGGCUAAAAUGAGAAGUCCUCUUAGAGGGAGAGCUUCAUGUAGAAGCCCUGAACAACCAUCCCGAAAAGACAACCGGCGUAGGAGGCACUCCCGAAGCCACAGUCGUGAUCAUGAACAGGAAAGAUCCGUCCGCGGGCGAAUUGAUACCAUAUCGGGAGGCUUCGAAGGGGGAGGGACAUCAUCUUCAGCCCAAAAAAGACACUUGAGGAGUCUGAAAACUGUUUGCAUGGUAGAUCGACAACCCCAAUCCAUGCCAGAUAUUACUUUUACCAAUGCAGAUUUCCAUGCACCAGACCCCGAUCAAGAUGAUCCCAUGGUCAUCACCGUCGAGAUAGCACGCUACGAUGUCAUUAAAGUGUUGAUUGAUCAAGGUAGUUCGGUCAACAUCCUAUAUUGGACUACGUUCCUAAAAAUAGAUUUAUCCAAAGACAUAAUAGCCUCAUUCAAUGAGAAAAUUAUGGGGUUCGUUGGAGAAAUAUUAGAUACUCGAGGAUACCUGGACUUGAGAACUCGACUCGGGACAGGCAAGAAGGCAAGAGAGAUCAAAAUAAGGUUCUUGCUGGUAGAAGCAAACACUUCUUACAAUGCACUACUAGGGAGACCCUGCCUGAAUGCUUUCGGAGCCAUUGUAUCCACCCCUCACUUAGCUAUGAAAUUCUCGUCCGAUAAGGGUAAUAUCUGUACGGUGAGAGUCGAUCAACGAACGACUCGACAGUGUUAUGUUACUGGCCUAAAAAUCACAUCCUUUGUACCACCAAAGAAGUCUAGGGGUGCAGAGCCAACGACGAUCGACCUUGACCCAUGA